ACCAGCUGGAAAACCUCUCCUCCUUCCAUUGUGUUCCCAGCUAAUACAAGUCUUUUAUCUCAUAUAGCCUUUGUUCCUUGCUAUAUUUCACACGUAUGCACACACGCUUCCGCAAAUACUGACAGAGAGUGAGAGAGAGAGAGAGACAUGGACACCCAAUCAGCCACAGCUAAGAGAAGCCAUGCCGUUUGUGUCCCAGCUCCAUACCAAAGCCACAUAGGAGCAAUGCUAAAACUGGCAAAGCUUCUGCACACAAAAGGCUUCGACAUAUCCUUUGUGAACACAGAGCAUAACCAUCGACGCUUAUUGAAGUCGAGGGGACCUCGAGCCCUCGAUGGCUUCCGUGGCUUUCAGUUCCUGACCAUCACUGACGGCCUUCCUCCCAAGGAUGCAGACUCGAGCCAAGACGCCUUGGCUCUAUGUGAUGCUCUCAGAAAGAACAUGUCUGCUCCAUUUUCUGAUCUCAUCUCCAAUCUCAACCACACCGCAUCAAACUCAGAUGUUCCUCCAGUCACUUGCAUUUUCUCCGAUGGAUUCAUGUCAUUUGCCACCAAUGAAGCUGCUCAAGAAUUCGGCAUCCCUAUCAUUCACUUGUGGACAAUCCCCGCCUGCGCCUUCAUGGGAUUCCAACAAUACCGGACGUUUAGGGAAAAGGGUCUCACACCAUUAAAAGAUACCAACCACUUAACAAAUGGCUAUUUGGAUACAGUAAUUGAUUGGAUUCCAGGAUUGAAGGACAUUAGAUUGUGGGACUUGCCAACCUUAUUCCCUCGUAGCAGGGAUCCAGAUGAUAUUUUGUUCAAUUUUUGUAUGGAUGCCGCUGAGAGAGCAAAUAAAGCCUCAGCAAUGAUUUUCCAUACCUUUGAUGCCCUUGAAUCAGAAUUGCUUAAUGCUCUAUCAUCGAUGUUUCCUCGCAUCUAUGCAAUUGGCCCACUCUCGUUACUUCUAAGCAAACUAACGAAGGAAGAGAGCCCCCUGAAAUCCAUUGACUGCAAUCUGUGGAGAGAAGACACAGAGUGUCUCCGAUGGCUCGCCUCGAAGGAACCGAAAUCAGUUCUAUACGUUAAUUUCGGCAGCAUGGCUGUCUUGACAAGAGAAGAGCUUAUCGAGUUUGCAAUGGGACUGGCCGACAGCAAACAUCCAUUCUUGUGGAUAAUUAGGCCCAACCUUGUCAGUGGGAAUUCAGCAGUUCUUCCUCGGGAAUUCAUGGAAGAAAUAGAAGGAAGGAGCAUGCUUGCAAGUUGGUGUCCACAGGAGGCAGUUCUCAACCACUUGUCAAUCGGAGGGUUCUUAACGCAUUGUGGAUGGAACUCUAUAAUCGAGAGUGUGUCCGCAGGAGUCCCAAUGAUUUGUUGGCCAUCUGUUGCUGACCAAAGGACAAACUGCACUUACGCUUGUAGUAAAUGGGAGAUCGGUUUGGAGUUAUCGGGUGUGGUCAAGAGAGAAGAAGUGGAAAGGCUAGUGAGGGAAUUGAUGGCAGGAGACAAGGGAAAACAAAUGAAGGAAAGAAUCACAGAGUGGAAGAAACAAGCACAGGAGGCAACAGAUCCAAAUGGGUCAUCGUCCAUAAACUUUGACAAGCUAUUGAAUGAACUUCUUGUUAGUAAUUAAACCAAAUUCAUUGGAACUUGCCGAGCAAGAGGUUACCGAUUCACUAAACAAGCUGUUGAUUUCAAAGUUGUCGAUCGGUUACCUAAUUAUCGACGUCUGUUCGACCCUCAAGAGAGUGUUUAUUGUAGUAUUAUUUUCAAGAGUCUGUUUGUAUUUUUAUAUCUAGUUAAUGUUUUGUAAAUUUCUAGGAAUUAUUUUCUUGGAAUAUUAAAUAUAUUUAUGAGUCACUCAAGAAUCGUGUAACAAGCCUAUAUAAAGGCAAGUAUUGUAAUUGUUUCUAAUAAGGUGAGAAGGUGAAAUAAAGAAGAAAUGAAAAAAGCCUAUUCAUCUUCAAA